GAGGAACGUCAGCACGUCGACGCGGGGCUUUUCUCCGGCCAGGUCCCGCUAGUCGAGACGGGGUGUGUUUGCUCCUGGAGUGCUGCUGUCCCUGAGCGAGGAGGACCGUGGCUGUCCGCUCGCGGGUCGGGGCGGUUGGCUAGACGUGGAGCCCCUUGCUCAGGGCCUUUUCGCCCCAGGGGCGCCUGGCAGAGGCGGAGGCCCCGGGACUGGCGCUCGGUAGCUAGGAGCCCAUCCCCGCCCUGGGCUCGCAUGGGAGGUGGCGGGAGGAGCGGCCUGGGAUGUUCAGUCUGAUGGCCAAUUGCUGCGGCUGGUACAAACGGUGGCGAGAGCCCAUCAGAAAGGUGACACUUGUGAUGGUUGGACUUGAUAAUGCUGGUAAAACGGCAACAGCAAAAGGAAUCCAAGGAGAGCAUCCUGAAGAUGUAGCUCCUACUGUUGGAUUUUCCAAAAUUAACCUUAAGCAAGGGAAGUUUGACGUCACCAUAUUUGACUUGGGAGGUGGAAAACGAAUUCGGGGCAUCUGGAAGAAUUACUAUGCUGAGUCCUAUGGGGUAAUAUUUGUUGUGGAUUCCAGUGAUGAAGAAAGAAUGGAAGAGACAAAGGAGACAAUGUCAGAAGUCCUAAGACAUCCCAGGAUAUCAGGAAAGCCUGUGUUGGUGUUGGCAAACAAACAAGACAAGGAAGGCGCUUUGGGAGAAGCUGAUGUGAUUGAAUGUCUGUCUCUGGAAAAGUUAGUCAAUGAGCACAAGUGCCUAUGUCAAAUAGAACCUUGCUCAGCAGUAUUAGGAUAUGGGAAAAAAAUUGACAAGUCCAUUAAAAAAGGCCUCUAUUGGUUGCUACAUAUUAUUGCAAGAGACUUUGAUGCCUUAAAUGAACGCAUCCAGAAAGACACACUAGAACAGCGUGCUCUUGAGGAACAAGAAAAGCGGGAAAGGGCUGAGAGAGUGCGGAAAUUGCGGGAAGAAAGGGAACAAAGAGAAGGAGAACAGGCGGAACUUGGUGGAACCUGUGGAGUGGCUGAGUUGGACCCAGAACCAGUUAUGGUUAAUCCUUUCCAACCGAUAGCUUCUGUGAUCAUUGAGAAUGAAAAAAAACUUGAAAAGGAAAAGAAGAAGCAGGAGCUGGAGAAAAGCAAUGAUGGCUGUUCCCUGAAACUUCAGAUGGACCAUGAACAAAUAGAGACACAGAGCCGAAUCAGUGACAACAGCCAAAAAAACGAGUUUGGAAUAGCAGAAAAUUAUAAAGAGGCAUUGACACAGCAGUUGGCGAAUGAGGAUGAGACAGACCAGCAGUCUUCAGAAUCAGAUAACAAUAAAAAGAAGACUAAGAAACUAAGAAUGAAAAGGAGUCAUCGAGUAGAACCAGUGAAUACAGAUGAUUCAGCAACGAAGAGUCCAACUCCACCGCCACCUCCUCUUCCUGUUGGCUGGGGAACCCCCAAAGUCACUAGACUUCCAAAACUUGAGCCUCUUGGUGAAACACGUCAUAAUGAUUUCUAUGGGAAGCCACUGCCUCCUGUGUCUGUGCGACAGAGACCUAACAGUGAUGCGCAUGACGUGAUCUCAUAACCUCGUCCUAUGGAUUAGCUCUCAUAAUUCCGGCAAGAUGUCCUGAGACUUCCUCCUUUCUCAAAGAAAACCUCUGAGGGUUAAUGAUUGGCGCGAGAUAACCAUGUUGGUUUCCGGGAUCUGACUUGAUGUUUGACUGCUCUACAUUCUUCGUGGUUUAAAAGAGAAAGGAAACAGAAUGAUCUGUAGAUUGCUCUGAGCGUUUGGACCAUAUUAACAAGAUUGAAUAUUGACCUUUUGGUUGGCAUCUUCUCACUCUUGGGCAUAUUCCUGAAGGAAAAUCUCUUCAGAAAUAGAGCCAAUGGACUCUGCAUACCUUCUUUACUAUUUGUUUAAUACUCUUUAUUUCUACAUAUUAAACAUUUUUAUAGGAUGCAUAAGAGAAUUGGGAGAUUAUUAGCCAAAUUUUAAACUAUUUUUAUAUUUUUCUAAAGCUUGGUUAGAAAUUUUAUUAUUUUACUGAAUGUGCACUUUUCUUAGAUGAUUUCUUUAAAUUGUGUGUGGAAAACAGUUAAGUUAUUUGUCAGACCAUGAAAAGUACUCCUACAAAAAGGAUAUAUUUAUAUGGCUUUAAGUAUGUUUUAUAAUGAUAUGGUUUCUAAAGCGUACAUCAAAAUUUUACAUCAUCUUUAAAAUGAUACUUUUUUUAUAAAGCAGAUUCUGAGGUUUUUAUUCUGCCAAAUUAUGUAAUUUGGAAUAAAUACUCAAGAAGAAAGUUCA